UGUCUAUCGGCGGUCGCCUUAGCCAGGGACCGCUUCUUUGAGUGCGUUUGCUGUUUUCGUUGCUCCAUGAUGGCCGGUUCCGAUCGAGCACAAGGUCUCCAGCCGUCGCCGGAUAUUUCGCCGGAGUGGGUCAUAAUCCAUGAUAUCGGAGGCUCGGAUUCGAACGCAUCGACGCGCCAUGAAAUUCAUGAACUCGAGUUCGAUAGAGCUUUAGAAUUCACCCCCAAGAUCAUCGUGAUCGAGCCGCGGAGUCUCGGCGAUGCAACGACGAGAUGGAUCCAAAUCGGAAAUGGCCUCAACAACGUCGGAAUCGCGUGUGGCCUCGCUGCAGCGGCGACAUUCUCGACCACCCAGAGCACAUCACAAUCCUUGUACAUCAUGUUCCCUCUGGUGGGCGUAAACGCCUUCUGUUGUACUUUGUACAACAUGUCUUGGAGCAGCGAUCCCUGCAUUCACUACCAGGUGAACAAGUCGCCGAAGAUACUCGAUGAGUUACCUACGGGAGAGAAGAUCGCGAAAUCUGUGAUUCUAGUUCGGUCCUUAGACACCAAGCGACGAGUAUUACAUACAACUGUGACCUUGGUGGCUCUAUCUCUGGUUGUAUUCCGAGUUUUUCAAUGGUUCAAACAACUGUAGAUAGUGUAGAGUUUGAGUACUGGAUUCUGCUCUGCCCGACGUUGCCCAAAGACGACAUGAACGUCGCGAGGUCAGCGGGAGCUCGAGCCGUCGGAAUCCUCCAGAGAGAGAUUCGGAGUCCUUCACGAGUUCUUUGGGACAAGACGAUAAUGGACCGGAGCUGUGAAUUGCCCGACGUUCGAGGAACGGGAUCCAGUGCUGUCGUGAACGCUUCUGAGUAGCGUCAAGGAGUGGAGGGGAAAGUGUUGUGCAAGAUUCUUCCGACCGGGAGACGAAAAUGUUUUUCAGUAUAAAGGUCGCUUAUGGAUCCAAAUCAAUCAAGCAAUCGAUCAUCGACUCUUCUGAGGUCGCAGAAGGCGAUCGCGAAACCAAGGGGCUGAAUGAUCUUCAUCAACCCCAAUCAAUCCUCACAUUCCGAGGGUUGGUGUUCGUUCCGGCAGGUUCGUACUUGUCAGAACCUCGAUGUCUCGUUCG